GCACGAGAGUCCAUUCAAAUGAAUGCAAAAUGCGGCCCUCAGGACCGCGGAGAUGUGAACCUAGCCUUACCCUAGAUUCACAUCUGUGCGGGUGGUGCCAGUGCGGAUCCGCACCAAAAUCCGUGCAGCCGUACCACCCGCACAGAGAAUUGCAGACCCCCAGGCGUGUGCCAUUAGUUCUUAUGGCACGCCGCCCGCACUGGAAAACACAACCGUACUGGGAACCAAGGUUCCCGUGUGAGCUGCGUUUUCCAAACAAGUGCAGGGAGUUCUUCCCUGCGUGUCACGGGCACGGGAGUCCAUUCAAAUGAAUGGGCUCUCAUGCCCGUGCAAAACGCAGCCCACA